AUGGAAAGCAAAAAAUGUUCUAUAAAACACAAACACAAGAGUCUUGAAACAGAAGAGAAAAGAAAGUCCGUUUUCUUUUGUCUUCAACAAUUUUUGAAGUAUUGAACUCCUUCACGAGUCCCGGCGCGUGGGAGCGUGAGCCCCACUCGUCUCCUUCCCUAUCUCCUAAAAGCCAAGCCAAUUACACAUCAACCCCAUCUUUGUAUAUAUAUAUAUAUAUAUAAUUCAUCCAUAUCAACCUUGAAAGUUGAAAACCUCACUUUCAAUAUAUACAUACAUACAUAUAUAUUAUAUAUUAAAUUAAUAUAUAUGUAAUUGAAAUAUGUAUAUAUAACACCUAUAGAUACAACCUCUUUAUGCGUAUAUCUUCUUCUUCUUCUUCUUCUCUCUGGGUUUGAACUUUGAAGACAACAAUGGCUUUUUCAAACCCUUUUAGUUUCUCAUUCAAAUCCAAAAGAUUAUCAGCCAAUCUCUACUGCAUGACCCUGGCCUCAGUCCUCUGUUCGCUCUGCUACCUCGCCGGAAUUUGGCAACACUCCUCCCGCUCCUUCACCCGAACCACCUCCCAUUCCCUCACCGGCAGCGGCUUAUCGUGCUCGCUGGCGACCCAGACAAACUCGAUGGCGCCGGCGACGUCGACGGUGGCGGUGACCACCACCGUCCACCUCGACUUCGCUGCCCACCACCAGGAGCAGGACCCACCCGGCGUGGCGGCGAGUCAGCACCACUUUCCCGCUUGUUCGCCAGAGCUGAGCGAGUACACGCCGUGCGAGGACGCCCGGAGGUCGUUGAAGUUCGAUAGGGAAAAGUUGGUUUACAGAGAGAGGCAUUGCCCGGAGGCCGGCGAGGUUUUGAGGUGUCGAAUUCCAGCUCCGAACGGGUAUAGAGUGCCGUUCCGGUGGCCGGAGAGUAGGGAGUCGGUUUGGUUUGCAAACGUGCCGCACAAGGAGUUAACAGUGGAGAAGAAGAAGCAGAAUUGGGUCCGGUUCGACAAGGACCGGUUCAGGUUCCCGGGCGGCGGAACCAUGUUUCCCAAAGGCGCCGAUAAGUAUAUCGACGAUAUCGGAAAGCUGAUCAAUCUGAGUGAUGGGUCUAUAAGAACCGCCAUUGAUACUGGUUGUGGGGUAGCAAGUUGGGGUGCCUACCUUUUGUCGAGGAACAUCUUAACAGUGUCAUUUGCUCCAAGAGACACACAUGAGGCUCAGGUCCAAUUUGCCCUUGAAAGAGGAGUCCCUGCUUUGAUUGGAAUUCUUGCUUCCAAAAGACUCCCUUACCCUUCAAGGGCGUUUGACAUGGCUCAUUGCUCUCGCUGCCUCAUUCCCUGGGGCAAGUUUGAUGGGCUUUACUUAAUUGAAGUUGAUCGGAUUUUACGUCCGGGUGGUUACUGGAUUCUAUCUGGGCCACCAAUAAACUGGGAGAAUCACUGGAAAGGUUGGGACAGAACACCAGAAGAUCUCAAAGCUGAACAAUCUGUGAUUGAGACAGUAGCAAGAAGCCUAUGCUGGAAAAAAUUGAAGCAGAAGAAUGAUAUUGCUAUUUGGCAAAAACCCACUAAUCAUCUCCAUUGUAUCGCCAACAGGAAAGUUUUCAAGAAGCCACAAUUUUGUCAAGCUCAAGAUCCAGACAGAGCAUGGUACACUAAAAUGGAGGAUUGUUUGACCCCACUUCCUCAAGUGGCCCACAUAAAGGAAAUAGCAGGUGGGGAAUUGGCAAAAUGGCCAGAGAGGCUAAAUUCAAUCCCUCCAAGGAUUAGUAGUGGAAGUUUGGAAGAAAUCACAGCAGAGAUUUUCAUAGAGAACACGGAGUUAUGGAAGCAGAGAGUAGCACAUUACAAAAAAGUAGACCAUCAGUUGGGUGAGCCUGGGAGGUAUAGGAAUUUGCUUGAUAUGAAUUCUUUCUUGGGAGGAUUUGCAGCUGCUUUGGUUGAUGAUCCUGUUUGGGUUAUGAACAUUGUCCCUGUGGAAGCCGAAAGUAACACUCUUGGUGUCAUUUAUGAAAGGGGAUUGAUUGGAACUUAUCAAAAUUGGUGUGAAGCUAUGUCUACUUACCCAAGAACCUAUGAUUUCAUUCACUCUGAUUCAGUUUUUAGCCUCUACAAAGACAGGUGUAAAAUGGAAGAUAUACUACUGGAGAUGGAUAGGAUUUUAAGACCAGAAGGAAGUAUAAUUUUCAGGGAUGAUGUAGAUUUCUUGGUGGAGAUCAGGAGCAUGAUGAAUGCAAUGGAAUAUGAUACAUGGAUUGCAGACCAUGAGAAUGGACCCUAUGAGAGAGAGAAGAUACUAUUGGCAGUCAAGAGGUAUUGGACAUCACCAUCACCAAACCAUAGUCAAGGAGCAACCAAAAAUAUUUCACAGAUCUAGAAGACUGCCCUUUUUUUUUUUUUUUUUUCCUUUUGUUUUUUUAUAAAAUAUUUUUGUUAAUUAUUUUAUCAAAAAAAUUGAUUUUAUUUUUUCAUAUAUAGAAAUACAUCCCGUUUCUUGUGGAUGUCUCGAUUGAAUAGAUUUAAGAAAUAUCUGUGAUAGGCAUUUUUUGAGGCGCUC